AUGCGUCCGCAGCGUUCCUUCAACGGCCGGCGCUGGCAGAUCUUGGUCCUUUCCGUGCUGGCAUGCCGGCAUGCGCUGCUGGCUGCACCGCCCCUCAGGACUUUCAGUUCGAUACAGAGACGUGCGGAAGGCGGAGAUGCCAACCGCAAAGAGGAGAAGCGCGGCUACCAAUUUGGUGAUCUCUUCAUCAACAAGCUGACUGGCAAGGACAAGUACGAGUUCGGUGACUUGUCCAAAUUCGUCGGCGGCAAGCUGCAGGAAGCCGUUGGCAACUUUACAGGGAAGGACAGCUACGAAUUCGGUGACAUCACCAGGUCCCUCGAUGCCAAGGCCAAAGCCGAAGUGUGCAAAGUCACCGGCAAGGACGUCUACGAGCUCGGCGACUUGAGCAAGUACCUGGAUGCUCAAGCGAAGCAACAGGUUGCCGAGCUCACGGGCAAACCCUCUUACGAGUUCGGAGACAUCUCGCGGGAGAUCGCCAGGCGAGUACAAGACUCGGAGGUGGUUGAUGAAGAGGACCUGCGCCUUCUGCUUCAGACAGUGGUCGCAAUCGGAGUUGGGUUGACGCCGGUGGCGCACCUUCUCCCAGUGCAGGUGAUCCUGAACCUGUACACCAGUAGCGUGGAGUUCGAGCUCGGCAAUCGUGCGGUGUCCAAGCUCACGGGGGCCCUCGCGCAGGAGCUCGACCGCAGAGCCAAAGGCGUUCUGCUGGGCCAAGGGAAUGAGAACUACGUCCUGGGCGACUUGACGAAAGCCCAGAUCCAGCGCAGCGUGUCAUCUUUAACUGGGAAGGACAGCUACGAGUUUGGCGACAUCAGCCGUGCACUGGUGCGCUGCUUGCACAGCAAAUAA